GUUCCGCAUCGGAGAAAAAGCAACGCGCACCGAGGCGAUAAAGACCCGAUUGAUCAUUCACUUAGCAACACGGGGAAAGUUACGAAACAACUUCCCGUUAAAGGUGAGGUCUACACAUUGUUUCUGCUGGCGCAAGUGCUGACGAUCCUGCUGAAAAGGGAGCGGGGUGUGGUAGGAUUGAACUUAGUUGGACAUUUUUUGGUCGAUAUUUUUUCUCUCUUUUCUUUUUUUCUGGCGUACAUUAUUUUGAAGGUGUGUCUAUUCGACCAAUGACGCUGUAGCGUCUUCAGGCGUGAUUCGCGGCGUGGGAGGAGCGCUCUGUCUGUAAUAUAAAGCCGGCGAGAGGAGCCUGCUGCUCAGGAACAGGACAGACCUUCAAAAUUCAUCCAGCGGAUUGCAAGGCUUAAGGAAACUUUCAAAGACUGAAGAUUCACCGAUUAUUCAUCAACCUUUUUUCCCGUGUUUGGAGCUCACAGUCCACUUUUUUCCCUUUUUGUUUUCACCAGAGUUUUAAUUCAAUCUUCCGAAAUGUUUCCAGAGUCAAACAAGGGUUUGAGCUAUGAGGACUACAAGGCCACUGCUGACUGGCUGCUGGAGCAGACGGACAUGCGCCCCACCGUGGGCAUCGUGUGCGGCUCUGGCCUCGGAGGGCUGGCCGAUCUGUUAAAGGACCAGGUGGCCUUCAACUACAAGGACAUCCCUAACUUCCCUCAGAGCACCGUGCACGGACAUGCGGGACGGCUGGUGUUCGGCACCAUGAAGGGAAGACCCUGUGUCUGCAUGCAGGGCCGCUUCCACCUCUACGAAGGCUAUCCGAUCCAGAAGAUCACUCUGCCCAUGCGCAUUUUCAAGCUGCUUGGCGUCCAGACGGUGGUAAUCACCAACGCAGCCGGAGGCCUGAACCAAGACUUUAAGGUGGGCGACAUCAUGAUCAUCAAAGACCACAUCAACCUGCCAGGAUUCGCCGGCAACAAUCCACUGGUUGGACCCAAUGAUGAAAGGUUUGGCGUGCGGUUCCCCUGCAUGUCUGACGCAUACAACCGAGACCUGCAGCAGCUGGCCAUGGAAGUAGGACAGGAGCUGGGGUACGGAGACUUCUUGAAGGAGGGCGUGUACUGCGUGCUGGCUGGCCCGUCAUUCGAGACGAUUGCAGAGUGCCGAAUGCUCCACAUGCUGGGCGUCGAUGCGGUUGGUAUGAGCACCGUCCACGAGGUGAUCGUCGCCCGCCACUGUGGCAUGCGCGUGGUCGCCCUGUCUUUGAUCACCAACCUGGCGGUGAUGGACUACGACAGCGAGGAGAAGGCCAACCACGAGGAAGUCCUUCAGACGGGCAAACAGCGAGCGGAACAGAUGGAGCGGCUAGUUUCCUCCCUGGUGAACCGGAUUGGGCCCAACAACAAUUACAUCUAAAAGGGGGACAGCUGAGGACAUUUAAACCUGGUUGCAGUUGAAGGUCGUCAUGCCAAGGAGAAUACUUCCUGCCCUAAAGAAGACUCUAUUUUUUUUUUUUUUUGUCUGGGAUUUUGUGUAAAUAUGACAAAAACGUAAACAUGUGUCUCUGAGCCUCUAGGACAAACAUUCUCCUAAAGGCUGGCUCGAUAAUAAGUCAAUUCUCAGUUUUGUUUUGUUUUUUGUUUUUUUUAAAAAAGGCAUAUUUGUUCUAACUUAUGUGAUCAUCUUGUAAAAUAACUGCAAUUUAACUUAACGAUUAUAAUUUUCUGUACCGAUCUUAAUAUUUUUUUGGUUGAAACGUGUAUAUUGAACUAGGUAUUUUACGGCUUGUUUUUUUUUUCUUUCCUUUAACAACUGUUGCGACUAAAAGUGCUAUUUAUUAAAAUGUUCAGCUUGUUUAUGUGGUUAGUUGGGGUAUGGACGGUGGCUACAUCUGGUAAAGACCUGUGAAGUAGAAGGAACGCAAAUGCCCUAAAAAUCUUUUUUAAAAACCCUGUUUUUACGAAAUGACUUGUUUUAUAGUUCCAAAAAUCCCUUUGAAAUAAAUGUUACCUGAAAAAUAUUUGUAAUUUAUGCCUUUUGAUUUAACUUUUAAUUAGCCCAUGUUUUUUUUGUCUCAUCUAUUCUUCAAAAUGUAAAAGGCAAGAGAAGAUGGCUUUCAAGGAAGGCAAACAAAACAAGUUCUCGUGUCACUAAUGUACACAUAAAGAGCUACAUUUAAAACGUUUAAAACUUGAACUGUGACAUACAAGGCUGUAUGCAGACCGUUCAUCUUGCUGCCUCUCAUAGUUAACAGGAUGGUGAUUGAGGCUCAACUCUUCCACGCUCAUUGUUAGAGAAAUCCUGCAAAAAGUGAAAUACCUGCUUCCGUAACUUAAAGACCAAGAUAACAUCCAUUGAGAGUUUGAGAGAGAUCUAAGUAAGAAAAAAAACAAAACUCUUGUGGGUCAAAAGAAUGAAUUUCAGUACAAGCAGCUCAUGCCUGCUGUUAAGCAUUGCUGUCCAAUGGUACUUUAUUGAAGCAAAGGGGAAAGCUGGUUCAGGUUCUGGAACCUCGAUAGGUUCAAUCCUCUGGCUCCUAUUUAAUAUUUACAAUCUCCCGCUAGCUCAGAUAACAAAUAACAGUUACCAUAACGAUGCCGACGCACAGCUUUGUGUUGCGAUGUCCGCAGGUGACAAUGAACCCAUUCAAACACUGAACGGAUGCUUGGAAAAUAAAAAUAAAAACCAACGUGUGGAUGUUUUUCCAGCUGAACAAACAAAACUGAAGUACUUAGUUUUGGAUCGAAAGAGGAACGAAUGAUCUAGAGAGUCAACACACAGCUUCGGUUGUUACAGCCAGAAACUAGAGAUCAAAACCAAAAUUUGGAUGGAGUCAAACCUGAACAUUCAGAGACACAUAAAGAUAGUUACAAAGUCGGCCUUCUAUCAUCUGAAUUACAUUUCCAGGAUUAAAGGACUAGAUAUAGAGAAACCAAUCCACGUGUUCAUCUUCAGCCAAAUUGACUUAAAAAAAAAUAAAAAUCAGCUGAUCCAGAAUGCUGCAGCUCAUGUUGUACUAAAACUAGGAAAAUAGGGCACGUCGCCUCUGUCCUACUGACCUUACCUGGGCUCACUGUAGCACAAAGAAUAAACUUUAAAAUCAUGUCUGUUAGUUUGCAAAUAACUGAAUGAACCAAAAUACAUUAAGAAUUUUUUAGCACAUAAAACUUUCAGACCACUCAGGCCUGUGCAUGUCGUCUACUCUGCAUCCACAGAAUCUGAAUCAGACGUGGAGAAGCAGAAUUCAGUUUUAAUGCAAAACUAACCUGGAACAAACGUCCAGAAAACUGAAAAUAAAUAAAUAAAUACAGAAACUUUGAGUUUCAGUACCUCCUGUUCAGGGUUGCAUUUGAUUACAGACUGGAUCAUCAUUAACUUUAGUCUGGAUUGCAACUUUUUAUUUUACCAGUGCAAUGUAAUAUUUUGGUGAUAAACAUUUAUCCUGUAAAGUGCUUAGAAUUGCUGUUUUGCUAAAAUGACCUAUGGAAAUAAACUUGAUAACAGAUGAACUUUUCUGGCACUGCAACAGAUUUUAAGACUUUUUUUUUUUCAGAAUUGUGAUCUCAGUUUCAAACUUUAAGAAAACAAACACUUCAGUGACGGUGAAUUCAAAGGCUCAUUUUUAUUUUUAAAAGUGUGUGUAGAGAGUUGACAGAAAGCACCGACGUAAACCACAAUGUUGCAUGAUGGAUGGGUUCAAAGUGACCCGGAGAAAAAAAAAAAAGAAGAAAAAAAAUUCA